UCGGUUGGCACCCGGUUAGAGCGGGGCCGUGGGCCAGCCUCCUGGCGAGCGCUCUGCUCCCGGGUCUUCUCGGGUCAAACCGCCGUUCCUCCCCCACAGCCCGCGGCGGGCGGGCGGGUGUCCAGGCCGGCCUGAGCCGGCUCCACCCCAGCCCGCAGGAGUCCCCGCUCGUCCCGCCCUCCAGGCUGGGAGGUGGACUGACGCUUCUGCUCUCCCCUGUGGCCAUGUCUCCGUAGUUGGCAUUUGGCAUUCCAGUUGUGUGUGGUGGGAGCCUCACUGGGUGCUCAGAUGGAGGAGCCGGUGGCGUUUUCUGCUCUGCAGGGCUGUGACAGGAGCCCCACUGAUGACUCAUUAAAAAAAUAUGAGCAGAAUGUUAAACUUUCAGGCAUUAAAAAAGAUAUUGAGAAGCUUUGUGAAGCUGUUCCACAGCUUGUCAGUCUGUUCAAAAUCAAGGACAAAAUCGGAGAAGGCACCUUCAGCUCUGUUUAUUUGGCCACGGCACAGUUGCAAGUAGGACACGAAGAGAAAAUUGCGCUGAAACACUUAAUCCCAACAAGCCAUCCUGUAAGAAUUGCUGCAGAGCUUCAGUGUCUGACCGUUGCGGGGGGACAGGACAACGUCAUGGGAGUUAAGUACUGCUUCAGGAAGGAUGACCAUGUGGUGAUUGCCAUGCCGUAUCUGGAACAUGAGUCGUUUCUGGACAUUUUGAAUUCUCUUUCCUUUGAAGAAGUGCGGGAAUAUAUGUUUAAUCUCUUCAUUGCUUUGAAACGGAUUCAUCAGUUUGGUAUUGUUCACCGUGAUGUGAAGCCCAGCAACUUUUUAUAUAAUAGACGCCUGAAAAAGUAUGCCUUGGUGGACUUUGGUUUGGCCCAAGGAACCCAUGACACAAAAAUUGAGCUUCUCAAGUUUGUCCAGUCUGAGGCCCAGCAGGAAGGUUGUUCACGAAACAAGUACCACGGAGUCACUGGACACAAGGGAUCACUGAGUCGCCCAGCACCUAAAAAUGCGGAUCAGCAGUGUGCCCCAAAAACGUCCGUCAAAAGAUCCUACGCAAACACGCAGAUUCACAUUAAGCCAGGAAAAGAUGGAAAGGAGGGAUCUGUAGGCCUUUCUGUCCAGCGCUCUGUUUUUGGAGAAAGAGAUUUCAAUAUACAAAGCUCCAUUUCACAUGAGAGCCCUGCAGAGAAACUCAUAAAGCAAUCAAAGACUGUGGACGUAAUCUCAAGAAAGCUAGCAACAAAAAAGGCAACCGUUUCUACCAAAGCUGUGACUAGCGUGGUGAGGAAAACUGCCAGUUCCUGCCCGGCCAUGCCGACCUGCGACUGUUACGGAACAGACAGAGUGUGCAGCAUUUGCCUGGCAAGGCGGCAGCAGGUUGCCCCUCGGGCAGGCACACCAGGAUUCAGGGCACCAGAGGUCCUGACCAAGUGUCCUAACCAAACUACAGCGAUCGACAUGUGGUCAGCAGGUGUCAUCCUGCUCUCUCUGCUCAGUGGGCGAUACCCGUUCUACAAGGCCAGCGACGACUUAACUGCUCUGGCUCAGAUCAUGACAGUCCGAGGGUCCAGGGAAACUGUCCAGGCUGCUAAAGCUUUCGGCAAAUCAAUUUUGUGUAGCAAAGAAGUUCCAGCACAAGACCUGAGAAAACUCUGUGAGAGUCUAAGGGGUCUGGACCCUAACACCCCCAAGUUAGCAGCUAGUCCACCAGGGUGUGCUUCUCCAGAGAACACGUCUUCCCCCGUACAAAUACCUCCACCACAGCACUCGAAGGAUUCCGUGGAUCGAGGGGACAGUAGUGGCUGUGAGACUCAUCCCAUGGAGUGUACUACCAACUUGGAAGGCUGGGACGCAGUGCCUGAUGAGGCCUAUGAUCUGCUUGAUAAACUUCUGGAUCUAAACCCAGCUUCACGAAUAACAGCAGAAGCAGCCUUAUUGCAUCCAUUCUUUAAAGAUAUGAGCUCCUGAUACAGUUUCUCCGUUCACUGUCUCUGCUGUGUCUGAGGUGGGGCAGGUAACCACAGGUUCUUGUUUGCAUCCAAGUCCAGGGAGGAUGAAUAACUUAUUUUAAAAUUACAGUAUUUGCUCUGAUGUAAGACUGCAAACAGAUGUCCUGGCGUGACCUUUGAGUUAAACCACCAAGUAGAGUCCGAUCUUUAGUUCCCUGGUUUUCUCUACUUCUAGAGCAGCCUUAGUCUGAUUCAUGGGUUCAAGGAACAGGUCAUGAAAUUCACAGGUAUGACAGGGCCUAAAUGAAUGACAAAGAUUGCUUCCAGAUCUGUGCGGUCUACGCUGUGUACAUGGGGUGUAUAGGAGAGAUAGAGAUCUUUCCUGUAGGUGUGCGUAUAAACACAGGUAGUUACCGCAGAGAUGUAAGGAGGUUACACAGUGCUUGCUGCAGUCUGGUGCGUUGCCGAGUGUAGCCCAUGUUUAUAUUGACAGCCUAAUGAUGUGCGUGCUGUUGAUAAGGCGGAAAUGCUUUUUUUCCUCGUACAACCAUUUUUUCCACACUGUCUUAGUUUAUUAUUUAAUUAGGUAUCUGCCACAAGGAAAGGUGAGUGUACAGCUGGGAACAUUGUGGGGGGUUUUGUCUGCUGCGAGCAUCCAGAUCUCUGUGUUUCUGUUCUAAGUUGACCUUGCUCAGAGAAAAAUAGUUACUGGAGUCUCAGGUGGAUUGGGAAGAAGGAUAAUGAAGUAAACAAAGCAGCUAAGGACUUGCAUAGCAAUUUGUGCGUUUUUUACGUUAUAAACUGCUCUGGUUUCCCAGGGGUUGGAAGGGUAGACUUACUGAGGAGUCCCCUUGGAUAACGACAGGUUCUAGGGACCUGUCACUCAGAAAACUCAUCCUGUUUUGAGCACUGAUCAGCAUGUAUAUACAUUUUGUCUUGUGUGUAUUUUUUUUAAAUGUGAAUGUUUUGGGAAUAUGUAUUUAAUAAUAAACAUUUCCU